GUCACACUCUUGUCGAGGUUGUCCUGCCCAACAACCUGCCUGCAACACAAUCCACAAUAAACGGUGGAUGUUUACAGGACAACCAUACAUUUCCAAUCCUCAUGUCAGUCAACGAAACCAACCAACGCGAAUUUCACCCGCGACCAUCACCCGCAUUUCGUGGGUGACUGCACAAACCCCACCCUCUGACUCUCAGUCUCAGUUCACCCCUGCGAGGUCGAGCCUUGUCCCAGAACCAUGCUCUUCAUGAUAUUAUGGCUGGCAAGAAGAGAAACAAGAAUGUUCAGAAGAACGUAGAGAAGAAUGAGCCCAACCAAGGCCCGUCGCUGGCCGGACUGCCGUCCCCAGCCCUCAAGGCCAGCUAUGAGGAACGCCAGCAGGACGAAAUCACCGCCCUUGAGGCCAUCUAUGGCGACGAUUUUGUGAUCAAGGCUGCCCAUAGCGCCUGGAAGAAGGCCGAACCUUCGUUUGAUAUUCGCAUCAGAGCCACGUCCGACGACGAUGUUGCUCUUACUCUGGGAGUGGUCUUGGUGGCUACAUAUCCCAAGUCGCCACCGCUCCUCACACUCAAGGAGCACGGCAAUCUGAAGGAGGCAACCUUGUACAAAGUCCAGGUCUAUAUCGACACGCAGACCAAGGAAUUCGUCAAGGAGGAAGAGGUCAUGAUGAUGAGCCUCGUCGAGGGGAUUAGGGAGAUCCUCGAAGACGCUGCCCAGUCAAAGAUUGCUGGACAUGCGCUCCCAACCCUCGAGCAGGAACGGGCUGCUCAUGAAGCUGCCAUGGCUCAGCUUGCGCAGGAACAGAAGCACAAAGAAGAGCAAAAGAAACUCCAGGACACCAAGGAAGAAGAAAAGUAUCUCGGUCAGAUGGUCCAGCAAGAGCUCAGACGGCAGGACGAGAGGGUCAAGGAGUCGAGAAGGAAGAAUCCACCCAGCCAUGUCGCAUUCGCAUCUACCGACGACCCGCGAGUUUCAGAGGGUCAACGCAUCGUAUUUGACCAGCUCUGCAGGGUGACCGACAUCCAUGGCAACUCCAUUGUCUUCAAUGCUGUCACGGGCAAGACUGAGUACUUCGCUGGUCCCAUAACAACGGUCUACGAAGUGCGCCCAGUGCUUCCAACCGGCCAGAAACGGCCCAGGCUCGCCUUAAAGCAGGUUCAGGUCCAUUCUGCUGGGAAGGAUCAAGCGCAGUUCAAGAAGCAGCUACAGGCAUUAGAGUCGGAGUUGGAAUCGAUGAAGAAGCUCCGUCAUCAGGCUGUCCUCGAGGUGCUUGAUUACAAGAUCGGCCGCACUGCCAACGACAUCGCAAACGCUAUCAGCUGGGAUGUCAGUGUCCUGAGCCCUUUUGCUGAAGAUGGGUCCCUCGAAAAGCUACUCCGGUGGUCAGGCCAUCUGGAUGUUAACAGAGUCCGGAGCUGCACCGUCAAUCUUCUAGACGCUCUAGGCUGGCUACACAGCCAAGGAGUCGUGCACCAGGACAUCCAUCCCGGAAACAUCCUCUUGAUUACAGAACCGACGGGCGAUAUGAUCCCAAAAUUGGCCGAUGCGGGUUACCAGAGAGAGCUGCACAAUCUAUGCACGACAACCCAGGCAGUGACAUCUAUGCGGGAUGCCAAGUCCGCCUACUGGUUCCCUCCUGAGAUCGCGGCGGCGUCCAAAGCUCAGUAUACCCAAAAGACCGAUAUCUGGGAUCUUGGACUUGUCUUCCUCCAAAUGAUUCUCGGUCUUGAUGUGGCUCAGAAGUAUCACUCGCCGGUAGAUCUCAUGGAUUCACUGUCGCUGUCAGACGCAUUAGAAGAGUUGGUCGAAUUCUUCUUCAAGUCGGACCCCAAGAAGAGGCCGCGUGCUUUCGAGUUGAGCUCAAGUGAAUUCUUGGCUACAGAUGCACCUCUAUUCGUCGAGGAUACAUCUAUGGGUGGCUCUGCACUUAGCUCUUUACCCAGACUUGCGCCAGUUCGGAGUAGAUCUCGGCACAACUCCACGACAAAUCGCAUUCAUACUUCAUCUAGAUACAAGGAAGACUUUGUCGAAGAGGGCCGUCUGGGUAAGGGUGGCUUCGGUGAAGUCGUAAAGGCACGUAAAAAGCUUGACGGUCAGAUAUACGCCAUCAAAAAGAUCUCAUCAGGGUCUCAAGGCGGCUUGACUGAAGUCUUGAAGGAGGUGCGACUCCUCUCCCAACUGAGUCACCCUGCUGUUGUACGCUACUUCAACACCUGGCUGGAGGAGGUGUACGAUGUGUCCGAGGCAACUGACGAGGAUGCUUCGACUGACGCUGGCGGCACCGAAUUAUCUCGGGACACUGUAUCACAAGGCGAUUUCAAUAUCGAGUUCGCUACAAGCCAAGGUGGCUUAGAUUUCAUUUCCUCGAGCAGGGGGUUGGAUAUCGAGUUCGGUGACGACGACAGUGACUCCGAUGAGGAGGAGGAUGACGACGACGAUGUUGAUGAUGACGAACAAAGCGAUAGCGAAGAGGACUCGGACCAAUCGGACGAUGGAACUGGGACCGACACGUAUGGGGCGAAAGGCGCCCAACACCUCCUGCCUGUACGCAAGCGCGGACGCCGGUCAAGUCAUAGGCCGUACAGGACAAUCUUGUACAUCUCCAUGGAGUAUUGCGAGAAGCGGACACUUCGAGACCUCAUCGCAAGGAACCUGGCCAAGAACAAGACGGAGGUUUGGCGACUAUUCCGUCAAAUACUACAGGGGCUGGUUCAUGUGCACAGUCUGAACAUCGUUCACCGUGACCUCAAGCCAGACAACAUAUUCAUCAGCGUUGGUCCGGAUGGCGUCAACAAUGUCAAAAUAGGAGACUUUGGACUGGCCAGCAAGGGUCUCAUCGCUUCAGACAGGGCACACUCGCACGCGUCCCUCUUGGAUCAAGAGGACAUGACAAGAAGCGUCGGCACAUCGGUUUAUGUUGCCCCUGAAGUCAAGUCAGGCGGCAGUGGUAGCUACACUUCCAAAGUCGAUAUGUACUCCUUGGGUAUAAUGUUCUUCGAAAUGUGUUAUCCACCAAUGCUUGGCAUGCAAAGAGCCCAGGUCCUUGAGGAUCUUCGUCGGCCGCAUCCCGUACUGCCCGCCGACUUUGACCAUGGAGCGGCUCAAGCAGAGAUUAUAAUGUCUCUGCUCACUCACAACCCAAAAGAACGCCCGUCGAGCACUGAGCUCUUGAAGAGCAACAAACUUCCGGAUGAGAUGGAGAGUGACACAAUUCGGCGAGCUAUUGCUGGUGUGGCGGAUCCAAACUCUCCAUUCUUCGAGAAAAUACUGUCGACGUUGUUUUCCAAAAAGGUAGACCGCGCAAAAGACUUCGUUUGGGACAUGCAGGCACAGACUCUGUCAGCUACAGAGCUCCUUCGCCAACGUGUUGUGAAGGAGACGCUGGUCUCCAUCUUCAAGUGCCACGGUGCCGUUGAGGUGCCCACACCAAACCUCUAUCCUGCCUCCUCCCACUACACCAGUGCGGUCAAGCUACUGGACAGCCACGGUAGUUUGCUGCAGCUACCAUUUGAUCUAAAGAUGGGCCGGGCUCGUAUGCUUGCCAAGUCAACAAAUGCCAUUCCCCAACUGUCAUACUCGUUCGGCAGUGUUUACAGGGAACAACAAGGUGGCGGACAACCCAAUCAAAUAGGCGUCGCGGAUUUCGAUAUCGUGGCAACCAACACGUUGGACCUGUCUUUGAAAGAAGCCCGUGUCCUGUCUGUGGUCGAUGACAUUAUCGCCGCCUUUCCAACGCUGUCCUCAAGCCAGAUGGCAUUCCAGCUUGGCCAUGCUGAUCUCCUUCAGCUCAUCUUCGAGUACUGUGGUGUCGAGCAGUCCAUCAGGCGAUCGGCUGCCGAGACAUUGAGCAGGCUCAACGUGCAAGGCGUGACCUGGCAGAAGCUACGAGCUGAAUUACGCGCACCUCAGUGCGGCGUCUCAGCGACGAGCGUCGACGAACUUCAGCGCUUCGACUUUCGAGACACACCGGCCAAGACGUUUUCCAAGCUGAAGUCGUUGUUCGGGGCUACUGACCUAUAUCAAAAGGCUUCACCUACUAUUGCUCAUCUAAAGGAAGUCACGGAGUACUGCAAAGUACUUGGAGUCAAGACCAAGAUAUAUAUCAGUCCUCUAUACUCUGUCAACGAGGCAUUCUUCAGAGGCGGCAUCAUGUUUUCCUGCGUAUUUGACAAGAAGGUGAGGGUUGUCUUGGCUGCUGGUGGGAGAUACGACAGCCUCAUAAAGGAGCAUCGUCACAAAGCCGGCAGCAGCUUGAUUGGGGAGCGGCACGCGGUCGGGGUCAGCCUGCCCUGGGAGAAGCUGGCGCAAGUGCCCGUGAAGACUGGAGGGAAGGCCUUCUUGAAGAAGGCAGCAGAAGAAGAGUCACACGGACUCUUCAGCGAGAGACGCUGUGACGUGCUCGUGGCCAGCUUUGACCCGGUUAUUAGGCGAUCAACGGCUCUCGAGGUCUUACGUGCCCUACAGACGAAUGCCAUCAGCGCAGAACUUGCAGAUGAGGCACGCUCGCCAGACGAGCUCAUCCCGGACAGGCCAGAGGAGCAGCCCGCGUGGAUGAUAAUCGUCAAGGCGGACAUCCUGAAAAUCAAAACCUUCUGGCGCAACGUUCCGGACGAAGAACUACCGGCGAGGGAGCUGCUGAGCUGGCUGCGCAGCGACAUGCGCGAGCGCGAAUCCAGCGCAAAGACGACCGCAUCAUCAUCAUCCUCCUCCCGGCCCCGCGGCGGCCUGGCCCACCCCGAGGGGCCCAACCCCCUCGGCGACGCGGGGCCCUUCCCGCACUCGGGCCACAGCCACCAGCACCACCCGCAGGAGGUCCGCGUGCUCACGGCGCAGACCAAGUCCAAGAAGUUCAACCGGCAGACGGUCGUCGAGCAGGCGCAGAGCAGCGCGGCGCGGCUCGUGCAGGGCUUCCUGGGCGGGCCCGUCGCCGCCAUCGAGACCACCGACGGCGUGCUCGGCGCCAUCCGCGGCACGAGCCUGUCCGAGCCCGACACCUGGCGGCGGCUCGACGUCACCAACGCGGAGAAGAAGUACGUGCGUGAGGUCCAGGACAUGCUCCUCGAGUUCCGCGACGCGGGGCUCAAGCAUGCUUUUGUCUACAACUUCCGGACGGGGAGUUGUAUCUACUAUGAUUUGGCGGCCUAGGAUAAAGAAGGGGGGGAGGGGGGGGGUAGUCAGGUGUCUGCCGUUCCUAGCAGUCUUGUUGUUGUCGACUAUUGUCUCUGUCUUUUUUUAAAUACCCAAGCAAUGAAG